UCUACCACUUCCCUGCUGUGGCGAAAAGGAGUAAUAAUUAACAGCUUCUUAGGCUUGAGGACCGGCAAGACGGAGGGGCACCGCCAGGCGCGGAGGGAGCCCUGUGCCGCCCUUCCCCCUCCCCGGCUCCGCCCUCCACCUUCACCUCUGCGACAGGUGAGCGAGCGGAGCGGGGACUCCAAAGGUGACCAGAGUUUGUGACUGAGCGAGGCAACAAACUCGUCGGAGCAGGUUCAGCCCCGCAACUAAGGUAAAAAGCCUUCUCCUGUUCACAGUGUGUGUAACAGGUGCAAAAGGAGGAUAGGGAGAAGAACCCUUCCAACCCUCUCCCUGAGGUCAAGUUGAGGGUAAAGCAUUAGAAAGCAGAAUUCAUAGGCAGCCAGGUUGGAAGGUGUGCGUGGAGCAGAGCAGCCUGAAACCCGGACAUUCUUUUCCUUUGGAUUUUUUCCAGUAUCCUUUCCUGACCCAGGGUAGCCUCAGAUGAUCUUGAAAAGGGGGAGAAGAUGACUAUGAUGGCUCACGAGGCCUCUUCUUGGAUCUUCAUCAAUGAGAGAACAUUCAUUACCAGGGAACAACUGAAUUCUUUAUUGAAGACCUAUAACGUCUUUUAUAGGAAUCAGGAAAAUCUGCAUAUUUUAUAUGGACAGACUGAAGAUGGUAAACUAAUUGUGGAAGGGCUGUUGGACAUUUUCUGGGGAGUAAAGCGCCCUCUACAACUGAAAAUACAAGAUGAGAAGCAGAUCCCAUCUUUUACUGCGCUAAAGUCACCGGAUGUCUUUUCCAAAAGGGGAAUGACACGCUGGGGAGAAUUUGAUGAUCUUUAUCGAAUUAGUGAUUUGGACAGGACUCAGAUUCCAGUGUCCGAAGCAACAAAGUCCCAGGAAGAUUAUUUAUCUUACCAGUGUAGCACUCUGAAGCCUCAUACAGAUGAAGAGCCUGAAUCCCCGCUACUGUAUAGAACCAUGAGUGAAGCAGCCCUGGUGAGGAAAAGGAUGAAGCCUCCAAUGAUGGACAGAAAAGCCAGACAGAAACAUAGGGCCUCUAUUAACGGACACUUUUAUAACCAUGAAACAUCAAUAUUCACUCCAGCCUUUGGAUCAGAAACUAAGGUCAGAAUAAACAGUGAUAUGAGAACUGAAGAAGUAAUAAAGCAGAUUCUCCAAAAAUUUAAGAUUGAAAAUAGUGCCCAGGAUUUUGCACUUUACAUUAUUUUUUCAACAGGAGAGCAGAGACGGCUAAAGAAGACAGACAUUCCGCUACUGCACAGACUCCUACAGGGACCUUCCAAAAAGAAUGCUCGCAUUUUCCUCAUGGACAAAGAUGCAGAAGAAAUUAGCAGUGAUGUGGCUCAGUAUAUUAACUUUCAUUUUUCUCUCCUGGAAUCCAUCCUUCAAAGACUAAAUGAAGAGGAGAAAAGAGAGAUUCAAAGAACAAUAACAAAAUUCAGGACAGAAAAGGCUAUCAUCCUGAAGUAUCUUCAAAGUAAACGGGUAAUAAAAACAGAGACAACAGUUUAGUAGUACAGGUCCCUGUUGCUAAAACACUUCAACAAAAUUAGAAGGGUGUUACUAUUUGAGUGCAUAAAUUCUAUAUUUGUAUUCAUACAAAUAUAUGUGAACUGGAAUCUGCAGAAAACUGAAUGUCAAAACAGCUUGUCUCUCUUUGAAGUGAUGAGGUGAACUUGGGUUCACAGUUGAAAGGAAAGGAACUUGAAUUUAGCUUCAGUAACUGAAAUAAGCUCGGAUACUAUGUAUUCCAAAUGGUUGUUAUGGUAAAGUGCUCAAUGAACUCGAAUUUAAAUAUCUUCAGAUAUCAUGUAGCUUUAUAUGUCUUUGAGCUUCAGCUGUCAAGAGAACUGAAAUAUCAUCAACCAACUCUCAGAAAUGAUUCGGAAGUAAAAGCUGCCAGCUCCUGAAAUAAAAAAGCAGCACAUUAUUACCCACCAAAGAGUUUGAUGGUUUAUGGUGUUUCACAGUGCCUUGAAAACUCCAGCCUCUUCAUAAAAUCUAGGGCUAUCUUUAUAUGGGUAGGUGACUGUGGGCUAUCUGUAACAUCAGAACUGUCUAUUCUCAGGGAUGGAAAAGAUUAUGGACUCUGUUAAGAAAUCCGAAGUGUAAUUUUCUCAACCUGAGCCCUUCUCCUCCCCACUCUGUUUUACUGAUGACUUUCAAAACUGUUAUUAAGCUUUUUAAAAAGUCAAUUGAACUAGUUUUCUUUAUUUUUUCAAAAAAAAUACCACAGAGAUUUAAUGUAUUUUAUCAGCCAGGAUAAAACUUGGUCCAUAAUAACCAUUUGCUGCUGAAUGAAUAUGGAAGAUAAUGCAAAUCUAUGGUAGCUGAAGUGGGACAGGGAAUCUGUAGCUCUGCCCUUUUUCUCCAAAGUACUCAUUCUACAGGAUAACACUCAGAAAACUUCAAGUCUGCUUAACCACUGAAAAUGCCACAAGUAUCAUUGAUGAUUUUAUUUAUGAGCUCUAUAUUAAAAUAGAGUUGUAUGCAGCUUUUCUCCACUCUACUACUCCUUCUCAUCAACAUUGGAUUAAAUUGUUUGAUUGCAUUAUACAUACCAUGAGAUAAGGGAUCUACAGUGUGUGUACAUAUAUCAUGUAGUAAACUUGGUAACUACAUAAACAAAA